AUGUUAGUGGCAGGUUCUGAUUUUAAAGAAAUCAGCAAAUUGAAGAAGCAGCUGUCUAGUGAAUUCGAGAUGAAGGUUCUUGGUGCAGCGAAGCAGAUUAUUAGGAUGAGGAUUAACAGAGACAAGCAUAAGGGACUUUGCAGUUGUCUUAGGCUGAAUCAGUGUCUAAAGACAGAGGUUGAGAAAAACUUCAUGGCUAAAAUUCCAUAUGCCUUAGCCAUUGGAAGUUUGAUGUAUGCCAUGGUGUGCACAAGACCAGACAUUGCAUAUGCAGUGGGAGCAGUAAGCAGGCUCAUGAAGGAUCCAGGCAAGUUACACUGGGAAGCAGUGAAGUGGAUAUUGAGAUAUCUACGGGGUACCAUAGACAAAUGCCUAUGUUUCAAAAGGGGCGAAGUGAAGUUACAUGGUUAUGUAGAUUCAGACUUUACUGGUGAGGUGGACCACAGAAGAAGUAUUAUCGGGUAUGUAUUCAUGGUGCGUACAUCUACAGUUAGUUGGGUUUCGCAAAUACAGAAGAUUGUAGCGUUAUCUACUACAAAGGCAGAGUACAUGGCGAUGACAGAGGCCAGUAAGGAGAUGAUUUGGUUACAAGGUUUGUUGACAGAGUUGGAAUUCAAAUAG